AUGUGCAAAGCAGUGCCUGCUGGAGCCCACCAGCCAUGCAGGGAGCCUGUGGAAGAUACUGCUCCUGCCACAUCCCUAUUGGUUCCUCUUACCAAGUGCCGUCUACAUCUGGCCUCUUCCAUUUCUCCAGGCCCAACGACCUCCUCAGUUUCUGUUCAUUCACAUACAUCCCUGAGUGCCUCUCAGUCACCAGAGCCUUUUCUUCCACUGGAUAGCCUUUCACCCCUGCCACUUGCUCUUUCCUCUCCCACAUCAUGUCUGCCUGAUUCAUAGGCCUGCCCUCUGACAGCCUCCUCUGCCCUACCACCACCAGACUCAAUUCUGACUCUUACUUAGUGUGACUCUUCAAUGGUACUACCACUGGGCACUGUCCCACAGAGGAUGUCUCCACAUACUCCUUGGUCAUCUUCCAUCAUCCUAGCCAUCUCAGGCCUUGGCCACUCAAGCUGUCCAAUUUCAGCCCUGUCCUGGUGGCAGGCAGCUACCAAAUCCUUGUGCCUAUCAACCUUAUCACAGAGCAAGUCCCAAAAAAAGCACCUUUCCCACAACCCACCAGAGGCCUCAUUCUGUGUAGGCCCCACAGACAGACAGGUAGAGGUGAGUACCCCUCUUUUGCUCAACUCUGAUGACCAGAACCUCCUGGAGAUACAAGUCACAAACAGAGUUGAGAUCAAGAUUCUGAAGGAAAAAGAAAACAAUGGAUCACAUUUAAAACAAAUGAGCCCAAACUGCCACCUGAAUUCUUUGGGGAAUAUGCUGAAAUCACUAGGUACUGAGCAGAACACUACAACCCCCAUUUUCUGGAGCAUAAAAGACAAACCAGAGCAGCUGCCUUGUCUUCAGCAGUUCUCAUAUCCCAAGGUCUUGGGGGACCAUCUACAGCAGAAAUAUAACCAGUUUUUCUGGGGUCUCCCUUCUCUGCACAGUGAAUCCUUGGUGGCUACUGCCUGGAUCUCCGAGAGCUUUUCAGCACCACAGUCUCCUUCUUUCUUAUUCAAUGGAAUUUCGAAUGCCUGCCCAGUUCAAAUGCAAGCUAAAAUAUCUCCACUGCUUUUCCAGUUCCAGCCCCUGUCCCAUCUAGAGUUCCAAUCUCGACCCUUUAUUCCAACAAUACCUCAAUUCCAGCCUCCACUUCUGGCUCAGGUCCAAACCCAGGCACAUCUCAAAUCCUCUCUCCCAAUCCUGCCACCUUCUUCUCUACCCCAGAUUAGGGCCUGUGGAGUACCUUGCCCUACAGCCCAGAAUAAGGUACAAUUUCUUACCCCAACUGGGAUUCAACAUUCAGAAUGGUCCUUGUUGCAGAAGCAACUAGAAAAUGGGUGGGCUUUAUCUUCUGUAGUCAAAAGAUCUCAGGAACUCUUUAGUGUCUUCACUUCCAACAUUCCUGAGGACAGCUGGGUUGCCUCCAUCCUUCCUGAGAAUUUUCCAAUCAGUCCUGAGCUCCAGAAGCAACUGAAAGAACACUUCCAAAAGUGGCUCAUCCAACACCGGUGGGAGCUGCCACAAAGGAUCCAAGAGCCUUUAGAGAUAAGGCAGCUUCAGGGAGAAUUACCAAGGACAUGCCAGGCAAAGGACAAGCAUGGACCCUCACAGCCCUCUUUGUUUACAGGUGAAAGCAACAAGGAUGCACAGAAGGUGGGGUUCCGGCUAAGUCAGGAACUGGGCAAGGGCCUGGGACAUAUUCUGGGGAAGAUCCCAAAAGAUCUCUCCAGAAGCUCAGAAAGCUCCCUAGUGAAGUUUAAGGGGGUGAAGUCUGAGGAGUCAAAAAGUGACUUGAGGCUCUUGAGGAGUGACUCAGGAAUUGAUUUACUAAGGAGCUUAGACAAGAAUCUAGAAAACAUUUUGAAAGGCCAUUUGGGCAAAAAGUUGGGGCAGAUCAAUGAGGGUUUGAUUCCUGUGAAUGUGCGUCAAUCCUGCCUUGUCCUCGAGCAUGCUUCUCCCAAGUCCGAUAUUCACAUGGAAACCAGAAAUCUGAAGGGUUGGGAACCCUGUAUGAACACCUCCUGUACGGUUUCCUUCCUUGAUCCAGACACUCGAGAGGUGCUGGAAGCACAUAUUAUAAGGUUUUUGGUGAAGCACAGGUGGACCCUACCCCUCAAGGUCCUCAAGCCCCUAACUAAGUUGAAAAAGUUUCAACCCUCCACCAUUCUGCAGUUUGCCUUUUCCCCUUCAGCCACCUGUGUAUCUGGGUCCCACUCAAUAGUCAAGUUUGCUGAGUUCCUGGGAAAACCUCCUCAGGCUAAUUCAGGAGAGGAGGUGAUAACAGGAGAGUCAGUUCCUACCCUGAUGAGGCCUCUCCUUGUCCCCUCACUUGUGUGUAAGGAAAUCCAGAGUGCCCUGGGAGGGAUUCCAUCUGGUGACUACCAUGGGCCCUCAAAGGCUUCUCUGACUGGACAGGAGGGCAGGCCACCUUCUCCAUCCCUCACACUCAGCCUUGUGGACAGAACCUGGAAGAGUGAGACUGUGAAAUGGGUCAAGAGGGACAGCCAGGUCCAAGUUCAGAAAUGGUCAGGAAUGAGCCAAGAGAGGAGAAUGGUGGCCAGGCCUCACGAGACCCCUGCCAUAGGGUAA